AUGGAGUACGGGUACUUGAGCGGCGCCGGCGGCGGCUUCGAGAGCGGCUGCCUGGGUUCUGGUGGCGGUGAGCUGGCGUGGGGCGAGCUCGCCUCAUGCGGUCAGAUGUCGCAGGCCGCCUACCGCUACCAGGGCAUGCGCUAUCAGCCGCCGCCGCCGCAGUGUGCGCGCCCGCAGGAUGCUGCCAUCAGGAAUCAUCACAUAUUUCCACCAGCGAUGAACUUACAACCUGGUCUUCCAUACAAGAUGUACGGCGGCAACGAAGGCUCUUUAACGGAGAAAAGAAAGCAGCGGCGUAUCAGGACCACGUUCACGUCCGCACAAUUAAAGGAGCUAGAGCGAGCGUUCCAGGAGACGCAUUACCCAGACAUCUACACGAGAGAGGAAAUCGCGAUGAAGAUCGACCUCACGGAAGCGAGGGUGCAGGUAUGGUUCCAGAAUAGGCGGGCGAAAUUCCGCAAGCAGGAGCGACUCGCGCAGCAAAAAGCAGGCGAGACACCGGUGAAGGCGGAGAACAAGCGAGACAAGCCAGGUUCCCCCGCCUCACCUCACCAGACACCGCCAGCGCCACCUCAACCCGCCCACCACACACUGCCGCAUCUCUCUCCACCUGAUCUCAAGCCUAUAACUUCUGCAGCGAAUAAGCUUUGUGAGGAGUUGAAUGGAGUGGGCAGCGUGGGAGGAGGUGGUGGUAUGCCCCCGGUGAGCGGCACCAGCGGCGGGAAAUGGGCUGGCGGGUGCGGCCUCCUGCGCCAACCUUCAGGCUUCCCUCUGCUCGGCGUAGCGCCACCCAAUUACUUACUUUCCGAUCAUCUUGGAACUCUCGCUAAAACAAACAAUCAUCUUUUCUAA